AUGGCUUAUGAGUUUUACAACCAGUAUGCUAAAAUGAACGGGAUUGCAGUUCGCAAGAGUAAGAUCCUUCGAAGUAAGAAAGGAGAAAUAUUACAGCAGACAUUUGUUUGUCACGGACAGGGGUUUAGGGAGGAUAAAGGUUUAACGAUAGAAAAUUGUAAGCGUGAGUGUAAACCUGAGACUCGGCGUGGAUGUGAAGCAAAAUUUCGAGUGCAUAUAGACAUGGUCUCACAAUGUUGGUGGAUAACAGUUUUUAAUGAUCAACACAAUCAUGAGCUUUUAGAUGAAGAGUACCAUGGAAUGCUUACUUCACAUCGAAAAAUGAAAGAGUCAGAUAUAAUGCAGAUGAGCGACAUGUUGAAGGUUGGUAUAAGGUUGUCUCAAUUCUAUGGUUCUUUUGCCAACCAAUCAGGAGGGUAUAAAAAAAUAGGGUUUCGUAGGAAGGAUAUAUAA